GGCGGCGCAUGGGGCCGCCGCUGGCACCAGCCGCCAGCAUCAGCCACAGGGGCCCGGCCAGCAGGCGCGGCGGCCAGGACGGGCAGCCCGGCGCCGGACCUUUAAACCCCGCCCGGCUCCGCCGGCGCCGGCCAAUCGCUGGCCGCAGACAGCGCGGGCGGGGUGGCUGGUGAGCUGCCGCGGGGCCGGUCGCAACCGUUGCCCUCUGCCCGUGGUCGAUUGGUGCCUUUACCGGAGGGCACGAUGGGGUUCGUCUUUUCGAAGUCCAUGAACGACAGCCUGAAAGCUCAGCAGGAGUUUAUGCUCAUGAACUCACGGCUUCAGCUGGAAAGGCAACUACUGAUGCAGAACCAGAUGAGAGAGAGACAAACAGCCAUGCAGAUUGCUUGGACGCGGGAAUUUCUCAAAUAUUUUGGGACAUUUUUUGGACUUGCUGCUGUAGGUUUAACAGCUGGAGCAAUAAAAAAGAAGAACCCAGGAGUUUUACUGCCAAUAGUUCCCUUAAGCUUUAUAUUUGCAUAUCAAUAUGAUAUGGGCUAUGGGACACUGUUGCAAAGGAUGAAAGUUGAAGCAGAGAACAUAAUGGACACACAGAGCACUUUGCUAGAAUUGCCAAAAGGACAGCUCACUUAUGAAGACCUGGAGAAAAUCAGAAGAUCUCAGAGCAAGUUCUUCAUAGAAAAAUAGGAAGAUGGUAUUAAAGCUAAAUAUCUGAAAUGUGAUCAUAAUACUGGUGUUGGGCAGAAAUGAAUCAUUAAAAUUUUGAGAAAAUUAUGAGCUUUUAUAAAACCAAAAUAUAAUUCAUUUUUAAUCAGUACUUUCUAAAGCAAUGAUUUUCAUUCGUAUGUAUCUCUUGAACAUAUACAUUGUUGAUGUAGUAUAUUUUUAUUGUUUAGAGUGAAAUAUUGGAUUUCCACUGUCUAUUUAAAGUCUAAAAAAUAACUUUCACCUGUAGUAACAAUGUCUGGUACUGACCAAACUCACUAUAAUCGAGAACAACAAAAAGUUAAUUGGUAGUAACAAAUUUGUAUAAAUAUCAUCAUAAUUUUCAAAUAUAUUUAAGCACGCUAGCUCAAUCUGAAGUCAGGAAUAGACAGUCAACUUCUUUGAAAAAUAAGACACUUUUUAUUUGCUGUUCUUUAGGCAGUAAACUCACCAUCUCUGCUUCAAAUUCGGGAAUAAACAGCUUUUAUCAGAAGUAGGUUCAGAAGUAAACACGUCACUUGCUAACUGUGUGUUUUACUCUUAGGAAAAACUGUAUUAAAGUAUGAGCAGAGAUAAUUUCUCAAAAAGAGAAAACAAAUUAUGUAGCUAUUUCCUGAAUCUUUUUCAUGCUUGUUUGACAUUCUGAAACUCAGGAUAAUUUGUUUACAUAAAAUCAGAGUUUCACUACUAAGAUGAAUAUUAACUUGAGCUAACAGCAAGCAAAAUUAUUAAUGUAUGUUUUUGUAAUGGGUAGAUCCAAGGGGCCUUACAAGUACUGAAAAACUGAGGGAUUUUUUGCAUGCCUUUACUCUAGCAUGGUACAUACUGAGAAUAUAAUUUUAGUAUAUUUUAGUGUUCUGAUGUUACACUUGGAAAAAAAAAUGCAUCUUUCUGUAUUGGAAAUCUUGUUUAAAAUGAGAUUAUUUUGUGUUUUGGAGGGAAGCUCUUCUAGCAUUAGUCUAAUUCUGGAAUGAAAAACAAAUGCUCAAAAAGCAUCCAAUAAUGAAUUAAGCCUAAGUCCGUAUUGCCAAUUUGUUGAGUUAAAAAUUAAGUUCCAGCUGGAGAUAAUGCCCUAAAUCUGUUUUUGAAGACUACUUGACUAAAAUGAGAAUAUUAUUACAGUAAGACAGGUGAAUAUAUAAUAAAACAAAAGCUUUUCAUCAUAGAAGUUAAUAGCACAGUGUGCAUUGCUGUGUAAGAUUGAUUUCUGAAAGUGCAUUCACUUCUGCAUUCAGUCACUUCCAUAACUGGUUCUAUCAUCUGCAUGUUAACAAUACAUACAAUUUGUAACAUAUUUCAAAUGUGAUGCCUUUUAAUAUGCAGAGUGAUAAAAUGGGUUAUAAUAACUUGUUCGGUUAUAAUAGCUUGGUCUACACUUUGACUGCUUAGGAUCUAAGGCAAUGAUUUUAACAGUCUUAGAAGGCAUGCCUCAACUCAGCCUAUGGUGCUACCCAUGUUCUGUGAGCUCACAAAAUGCAGCCCAAGACCACCUCAUGUUUUCUACCUGUCCUACAACAUAAUCACUUACCAUUUGCUGCUAUAUUAUGUAGUACUCUUAGGACAUAUGUAUCACUGCUUACUUAUUUUGCUUUGAAUAACAGAUCAUCUACUACCUUUCCUCCAACUUCUGAAGUCCACCUUGCUUUAAUUUUGAAGAAGUUAUAAUAGCCUUUUAUGUUUUGAUCUCUGUCAUCUAUUGAUACUCUUUCUUCCAAGAAAGAAAAACAGUUAAAGCAGCUUGUUUUGGUAUUUGUGCAUCUCCACCUGUGCCUUUUAACCCAUCUUUUAAUCCUAUGAAAGACAUUUUUACAGGAGAGCAGUUUUAAUAGUCAAUACAGCAGUUUUACUGACAAAGCCUACAAAAUUAGGAAAUGCCCUAAUGCUGUCCACUCUGAAAUAGGAAUUAAUAUCUGUGUGUGUGUGAUGGAUUGAUGGCCAUGGUGGUGGAUCAAAAGGCAGUGUUAAAGGAAGCAAGCAGGCUUCCAGACCCAGAUAGCAGUUUUAGGAGAUGAUAGGAUAGCUAUUUAUUACUCCAUCCUAGCUAAAUUUGAUUUUUUUUUUCUCCCAGAGGUUAAAAUUAGAUCAAUAGCAUUAACUCAUUGCAAGACUCCACACUAAAAAGUGAUGGAAAUGGGGUGAGUUUAAUUCAGUGUUACACAGGCAGUAUCAGUGAAAGUUACCAAAUUUAUAAGGGAAAAGCAACAGGCUUUAAGCAGGACAGUCUAAUGCCAAACCCAGAAAUGGAUUUAAAUGGGCUACAUGGAAUGUGCCAAAGAUCAUCAUAGAAUUUAAGGGUUAGUCACCUUUACUGCCUUUAUUUUUUACUGAUAGCUUUGCUUUUUUUCUUGAUAAAUAUAUACUUUGUUUUGAAGAUGCUCAUUCUUUGUUACAGUGUAUUAAUCAAAAUGGUUGCAUGUGCCAAGCCCAGUCAUAUCUGUCACAUAGAUAUCUGGCUACAGAGUGGUUGAACUGUAUGAUUUGCUUUGGAGAACAAUGAAAGAAAGCAGGAAAGCUCAUCUCUGACAGAGUCUACUUCAGGAAAAUAGAUGUUUACAGCACAAGUUGCCCAUCAUCAUCAUACCAGUUGUACUUGUAGAAAUAAAUAAAACACCUAAAACAUC